AUGGUGCGUGGUCUUCUUCUUCUUUUAAUUUCUUUUGUAGCAACAGCACUCCCAGAAGUUGGCGAUUUGUGUUGUUUUGACAAAGAUGGACAGGGUUGUGACUGUAUGGCUGUGUAUACAUGUAAUGUCCCUGCGAUGUACUUUGGGUCAGAGAACACAUACCUUCCACCAUGUGCAUAUGAUGAAUGCAAAAAGAAUUGCAUAUUUGCCGACUGGCUCAUAUCCAUCAUUUGCACUGUGGGGGUCUUUUUCGUCGAUUUAUUACUUAUCGGAACACUUUGGCUUAUGUGUAGAAAGAGAUGUGAAAACUAA